UUCUAGAGGAUGUAUGGUUUCAUAAACAUUAUUACCAUAACAAAUAAUAAGAACGUGCCGCUGAAGCACACUCUGAAAUUUGCUUGAUGUUAUAAAAUCGCGGCAUUUGCAUCACGUCGUCGUUGUCGUCGCACGAGAAAAAAACACUCAAACAACACUUUUAACCUCACCAUCUGAUUUGUUCUGCUUUGAUCCGUAUCGUCCUGUUCGCUGUUGUUGCCUGAAAGAAUACCAACCGCCGCACUACUUCAAUCGUUGUGUGCGUGCGUUCGCCUUUAUUCGAAUUGGUGCAAUGCGUGCGUGCUGACAUUUCUGUCUGAAAAAAUCUGAUAGGCACAUGUAAAACGCCGGUGCGCUUGUCGAUAACUUGGUCAGUGUAAUUGUGUCUUUGUAAUUAGUCAGAGCGUUCAGAAUCGCUGCUCCCAAUUUUAUCUAUUGAAAAUCAUUGGAACGACAUUUUAUUUGAAACAAACAUAAAUACCUUGUGCACAACGUUGAAGUUUUAGUUUUAUUUUUGAGAUAAGAGGAAAAACAAACCGAUCAAGAUAUGAUUAAAUCCAUUUUUAUUUUGCUUGUCGUUGGAAUGUGUUCAGAGCAAAGUUGGUUUGUUUCAGGACACAAUUGUACCGAACCAUCCGCAUACAACACGAAUGAAUGUGUCUUCGAAUGCAUCCAAAUUUUGUACGACACGGAAUAUUGCACUGGCUGUGAUGCUGGCGACAAAGUGACCAAAAUUAAUUUAAAUCCAAAUCAAACUCUGACAUCAUUGGUGCAACAUGAUUUGAUUUUUUACAAUUUUUCAACUCAAUCGCUCGGCGCUGGAAAUUGUUCGGGGUGUUCGGCCAACCAAACCGAGCAAAGUUUCAUCGAAAGAUACAAACAGCCAACUGUUUUAACAAAAUAUGUCAAUUGCACGGCAAAUUCCACGGCCACAUUGGAUGGUGUGACCAAAACUAACUGUACAACGAAUGAGGUUCGUGAAUUGUACGAAAACAUUAUGAAGCGAUUGGAAAAGGAAAAAUGGUGUGUGGGUGCUCUUCAAUUAGGCGGUCAGUAUUUGAAGCAAUUGAUCGUUCAACCGUUGGAUAACUCCAGAAAUGAGAUGAGUAAUAAAGAUGCUAUGGGCAACGGUGCAGAGAGUUCAGCAACUGAACAAAUCGCAUCGUCGACAGAAGCAUCAAUAACGACUGAAGUCAUCCCGUUACCCGAGAACAUGGAAGAGUUUAAGAAGCCAUCAGCUGCAGAGGCAACAUCAGAGACCGAUGAUUCGCCGACAACUGAGAAUAGCGAGACAACAUCGCCAUUGAUCAUUCCAACAACAACGAUGAAACCCACUUCCACAACAACAGCUGACACUACCACGCACACAACUAUUUCGGCGCCAGAGUCAACCACCAAAUCGGCCAAAUCGAAACCAACGAAAAAGAAGAAAAUCGUCGAGGAACAUCAUUACAUGGGCUCACUCACCAUUAUUGCAAUCAUAGUUGGUUUGUUGUUGACAGUCCUAAUUAUAUUGGCGGUGGUUGUGCGCGUUCUUAUUUCACGCCGACAGAGAAUGCACCCACGCAGUAGCUCAACUACUUAUGUGUUUGAGUCUCAUCAAUAUUGAAAUUUAUGCUAAGAAAUCAUUUGCAUUUGCAUUAAUAACAAAAAAUUCGAAUAUGUUCCUGUUAAAAUUCGUUAAGAUUUGUUAAUUAUUAUUACAGAGAGAAAAUAAAACCGAAUAGAGUAAAAUAUAGAAGUAAGAUAGAAA